AUGGUAGAUAAUAAAUUAACAGGAAAGAGAACUCCAACUAGAAAGGUAGUUGGAAGUAGAAAACCAGAAGAGAAACCAGUUGCUAAACCAACUGCUACAAAGACUACUGCUGCUGCUACUACAAAGAAGGUUCCACAAAAACCAACUACACCAGUAUCAAAGAAACCAGUUGCCUCAAAGAAGAAACAACCAGUAGUCGAAGAAUCAGAAGAGUCCGAAGAUGACGAAGAGUUGGAAUUGGAUUCUGAAGACGAUCAAGAAGAUAACGAUAUUGAAAAUCAUCCAAAUUUAAAGAAAAAGUUAAUAGAUAGUGAUGAAGAAGAAGAAGAUGACGAUAGUGAUGAUGAUGAUGAUGAAGAAGAAGAAGAUGAAGAUUUCAAUUCAAAAGCAAAGACAAUUUCCGAUCAAAAUAAAUCAUGGUUGGUACAAGCUGGAUCAAAGAGAACUCGUGAAGACGAUGACGAAGAUUCCGAUGAAGAUGAGUUGAAUGAAUUCGAAGAGGAGAGCAGAAGAACAACACAGAAAAAAGAAGAGAUGGAAAGAGAGAAUCUUAGAGAAAUUCAAGAGAGUGCCAUUCACUCUGAGCACUUGGACGAAGAGGAUCCACUGAUUCUUCCCAUCGGGUCAAGAGAUUAG